CAACCUGUCUCUUGCCUUUGCAUCACAAGCUUUUUUACCAAUAACUCGCCAUCAUGGAUUUCAUCAAGGACGCCGUUUCUAACGCUACGAAGGGCUCGAAGGACGAGGGCAAGAAGGAAGAGAAGAAGGGCGAGAGCCAGGACUACCUCGACAAGGGUGUCGCCUUUGCCUCCUCCAAGGCCGGCUUCAACAUUUCUCCCGACCAGCAGGAGAAGGCCACCGAUUUUGCGCGAGGAGCUUAUGAGAAGCAGUCUGGCUCGAAGGUUGAUCCCAAGAUCUCCAACUAAGGAGACUACGAUAUGGAUAAUGUAAUGGAUGCUCAGAAUGAUAUGAGCUUUAUAUGAAUUAAUACAAAUAUUCCCAACCAAA